CAUUCCACAAACGCGCAAGCGAAACGCAGCGCAACGCAGUACAACAUAACAAACCCUUUUCGGUGGUCGAACACAAAUUAGGGUUCUCCCAUCCCUAGGGUUUACCUUCCCCUAUUCCAAAUCACCCUCUUCCACCCCAAAAAAUCCAAACCGUUAAGGACAAAAGGAAGAGAAUCAUUCGUUGAUUUUCGGAAAGGAGAGCCGCACCUCGACGCGAUGACCGGGAAGGCGAAGCCCAAGAAGCACACGGCUAAGGAGAUCGCGGCAAAGAUCGACGCCGCCACUACCAACCGCGGCGGCGGUAAGGCGGGUCUGGCGGACCGGUCUGGUGUGGAGAAAGGCGGGCACGCGAAAUACGAGUGCCCGCUCUGCAAAGUCACGGCGCCUGACGUGAAAUCGAUGCAGAUUCAUCACGAGGCGCGUCACCCCAAGAUCCCCUUUGAGGAGGACAAGGUCGUCAACCUUCACGCCACAAUCGCCAGCGAAUCGUCGAAGGCGCGUCCAGGCAUUCGCGGAAGCCACAAAAAAUGAUCUUAAUCGGUCAUUAUCAUCGCUUAUGUUAUAGCCCCUUCAAGCUCUGUUUUUUGUUUUUAUUUUUCUUUCCUUUUAUCUGUCUAAGUUAAAGUCUUCUAGGGUGUUGUUCUGUAUUGCGGGACGUGGGUAUGCUUAGUUGUUUUAUCGAGGGAAGGGACUAUGAUGCAAUAUGUAUGAAUGCGAUGAUGCUGUGUCUGAAGGGACAAAGAAGUGUCUUUUCUAGGAAUGAGAAUGGCUUUGUUGUAUGGGAGCCCUUCUUUUCAAGGAUCUGAGUGUAUAUUGUUCCCUAUAUUGAAAGUUAAAGUGGACUUAUUGACCUAAUAUUAAUUUGUGGUGUG